CGCAAACUUCCCGGGCCGGCGGGCAGGGGCGGCGGCGGCGGGGCCCGGAUGGGAGCCCGGGCCGGCGGCGGCGGCGCCCAUGGACACUAACCGCCCGGGCGCGUUCGUGCUGAGCAGUGCCCCGCUGGCCGCGCUGCACAACAUGGCCGAGAUGAAGACGUCGCUGUUCCCCUACGCGCUGCAGGGUCCGGCCGGCUUCAAGGCGCCCGCGCUGGGGGGCCUGGGCGCGCAGCUCCCGCUCGGGACCCCGCACGGCAUCAGCGACAUCCUGGGCCGGCCCGUGGGCGCGGCGGGCGGGGGCCUCCUAGGGGGGCUGCCCCGGCUUAACGGGCUCGCCUCGUCCGCCGGCGUCUACUUCGGACCCGCGGCCGCCGUGGCGCGCGGCUACCCCAAGCCCUUGGCGGAGCUGCCCGGGCGCCCGCCCAUCUUCUGGCCCGGCGUGGUGCAGGGCGCGCCCUGGAGGGACCCGCGUCUGGCCGGCCCGGCCCCAGCCAGCGGCGUCCUGGACAAGGACGGGAAGAAGAAGCACUCGCGCCCGACCUUCUCGGGCCAGCAGAUCUUCGCGCUGGAGAAAACCUUCGAGCAAACCAAGUACCUGGCGGGCCCGGAGCGCGCGCGUCUCGCCUACUCGCUGGGCAUGACCGAGAGCCAGGUGAAGGUCUGGUUCCAGAACCGCCGGACCAAGUGGCGCAAGCGGCACGCGGCGGAGAUGGCGUCGGCCAAGAAGAAGCAGGACUCCGACGCCGAGAAGCUGAAGGUGGGCGGCUCGGACGCGGAGGACGACGACGAAUACAACCGGCCCCUGGACCCCAACUCGGACGACGAGAAGAUCACGCGGCUGCUCAAGAAGCACAAACCCUCGAACUUGGCGCUGGUCAGCCCGUGCGGCGGCGGCGCGGGGGACGCCUUGUGAGGACGCGCGGGGUGGGGGCGAGUCUAUUUUUGCAGAAUCCGGGGGCGGCCCCGGUGGGCGCGAGUCGCUUUGUAUCA